AUUUUCGAAUUAUCGAAACGAAAUAUCGAAUCUAGUUGCUUCCUUUCUUGGCCCUACAAAUAUUAAGUUUUAAUUAAUGUCCGAAAACCGAAUCAAUGAAGGAGGAGGAGAGGAGAGUCCAUCCUCCGCAAUGAGACUCGUUUUCUUUUCCACUUGAAGAUUGAAGAUUGAAGAUUGAAAAUUGAAAGAAAACAGAAAUCGAAUUCAUUCAGAGCCCCGUUAAUGCUCCGCUCCCCUCCAUUCACCUUUUGUUUUCUCCCGAAUCAACACCCUUCGUCUUCUUCUUCAUCUGCAUCUGCAUCUGCAUCAUCUUUUCUUUUCCAGCUGCUAAGCUAAGAAGAUGGGUUCAAACGACGGGAAGAUUCACCCAGUGACGGAAAACGACCAGAAAAAGGUUGUGAAGGCGUUCAAGAUCUUCGUUGGGUACGACACGCGUGAGGAUCUGGCCUACGAGGUGUGCCGCUACUCCAUCUUGAAGCGCGCUUCGAUCCCCGUGGAGAUCUGUCCCAUAAAACAGUCUGAUCUGAGGAAGAAGGGGCUCUAUUGGCGCGAAAGAGGCCAAUUGGAGAGCACCGAGUUCUCCUUCUCUCGCUUCCUGACUCCCGCUUUGGCUAAUUACCACGGCUGGGCCAUGUUCGUCGACUGCGACUUCCUCUACCUUGCCGACAUUAAGGAACUCACGGACAUCAUCGACGACAAAUACGCGGUAAUGUGCGUCCAACACGAUUAUACUCCGAAGGAGACAACCAAAAUGGACGGGGCCGUACAGACGGUGUAUCCGAGGAAGAACUGGUCGUCCAUGGUGUUGUACAACUGUGGACAUCCCAAGAACAGGGUGCUGACUCCUGAGGUUGUGAAUUCCCAGACGGGGGCUUUCCUCCAUAGGUUCCAGUGGCUCGAUGAUUCCGAGAUUGGUUCUGUUCCCUUUGUUUGGAACUUUCUAGAAGGCCACAACAAGGUUGUUGAGGGUGACCCCUCCACUUUCCCAAAGGCUGUUCAUUACACAAGAGGGGGGCCAUGGUUUGAUGCCUGGAAGCAUUGUGAGUUUGCUGGUCUCUGGUUGAACGAGAUGGAAUCCUACUUGAAGGAGGCCAAAAACAAGUCCCAUGACAAUUGAGUAACUGAAUGUGUUUGUUCAUCUUGUUGCUUUCAAGAUUUAUUCCCAAUCCAUUCAUUAUUUUUCUCUGAUUAGUAUUAUAAUUACACUAUUCUCUCGGUUGAACUCGUAGUCCAACCCCACCCCAUAUAUAAUGUCUGUUUAGAACAUGUGUUUGUUUGAAGUGAUUCUUUUUGGGCAUAGUUGGGCACUCCUAUAUGCCUAAUUAUUCAUUGUGUGGAAUUUGUUGUUAUUUUCAACCAGAGUCUGUCAUUGGCGUAAAAGGAAGAAGGGAAUGUGGGAUGUUUUGUAGAAGCAAUUGUUAAUGUUUCUCUCAUUUCUUGUAAUUUAUUAUAUAUUGUGGAAUUAGUGGAAUAAAGACAUAUUUGAUGUGGUGGAUGCAUGUAUAAUGAAGUUUUUGACUCUUGUUUA